ACUAACUGGGGGCAACGAGAGAUGACAGUGAUGCACUCCCUACUGCACGUUUUUCAUAGUUAAUAACACGGAUGGAUUACGUGUGGGGCUUUUCAGGAGCAGGUCAGGAUGUGUUAAACCAGGGAGGAAAGUGUUUGUAUUUCUUUAUGAAUGAACGGACACGAAUGAAUUGAAAGAUGGAGAGGCAGCAAACCGCAGAACAUAGGGUUAACAUGUCAAAUGGAUCAGAAUUCCCUGGUGCAAUUCCAAUAAAAUAUGGAUACCUUGGGCAAGGCAUGGAUGGUCUGUCCCCAGCUGCGAUGUGAAGAUCACUCACAGUUCUCUGCUCUGGGUGCUCCACGUGCCCUGGGUGUUUAUGAUCACAGCUGUUAUUUCCUCCAUCAGCCGCCUCUUCAAAGCAGGGAUGGAGCAGAGCCUGAUUUUUAUGAGCUAAUUCGUGUGGGGCUCUGCAGGUUUCUGACCGUGCCAGAGCCGCUCUCAGGAAGGGAUCCCCGCGCUGCUGCCGAGCUCAAAGCGCAGGACAGAGCCCUCCACGCUGCCCCGGGAGCCGGAGCGGACGGAACCUCCGCCUCUGCUCGGUCCGAGGGUGGGCUGGCUCUGCCAGGCUGCGACCACCUCCCCUGUGCUGAGCUUGCGUUCGUUCCCCUGCAGAACCAGAGCCAUAAACCCGGGACAGCUGACUGAGCACUGACUAAUCUGAGCUGCGGCUCUGCCCUGUAACCCUUUCCUAAACCGAACGGCUGAACGUAAACCCUGCUCGUCCAGGCAGGGUAUCCCAGCUGUCCCCGAAGCCACGGGGCGUGAUGGAUGCGCUAAUUAGGCAGCGCAUCCUCACUGGGGGCACUUCCAGCGGCCGAGGCACCAAGGGGAGGCGGCUCCGCUGGCUCUGCCCGGCCCGGGCUGCCGGAGGGACGCCGGGGAGCCGGUCUGGGCUGCCGGGGAGGGCGGAGGAGCGGGCACCGCUCGGGGAGGCGGAAGAAGGAGGCGGCUCCUCCCCGCUGCGGCCGCCGCGCCCGGCCCGGAGCGCCCCGAGCGGGACACGCUUGGAAGAAAAUGAAAGUAAUGCCCGGGAAGGAGCUGCCAUCCACAGCUGGAAGGGAGAAAGUGCCAGCACGAAGUCUGGAAGUGGAGGAGGGGCUGGAAGGGCAGAGCCUGCACCAUGACCAGCAGAAGUGCUCAGACCUCGCUGACUCAGCUGCCUCACUUUGCUUCAAGCAAAUAGGAGAAGCUCAUGAAGAUCAAUCAGACUUCCUGUGUCUAACAGAAAAACCAAAAUUCUGAGGGUCUGGGCAUCCAUUUCCUGAGCGUUGGCUGGGUUUUGUGCACGGUGUUGUGUCCUUGAGGUGGAGUCGAGUCAAGGCGUGGUGCUGAGAUCCCUGGAUCACAGCCCUUGGAGCAGAUCCUGGCUGGAGAUCAGCAAGGAAGGUGCUCCAAGACUCAUGGAACAGAUUGAGGGACACCAGCAGAUCCCGACCAUGAUCCCGGUCCCGAUCAAUGCCUCGUACAUGAGACCUUUGAAACGGAUUUUCCUGUUGCUGCUGGUGUUUUCCCUGAUCACCAUGUGGUACAUAACCUUCUCCCCCAGGGCUGGCCCGGAGGACGCGAACCCUCUGUACUUCUACGAGUACGAGCCCGUGUACCGGCAGCCGCGCCCGUUCACGCUGCGCGAGCGCCCCAGCUGCGCCCACCUCCACCCCUUCCUGGUCAUCCUGGUGGCUUCCAGCCCCAGGGACGUGAAAGCCAGGCAGGCCAUCAGGAUCACGUGGGGCUCCCGGGACUCCUGGUGGGGCCAGCACAUCCUGACGCUGUUCCUGCUGGGGCAGGACACGCAGAGGGAGGACAGGGCGGCAGCGCUGGCGGUGGAGGACGAGAGCAUCCUCUACGGGGACAUCAUCCGCCAGGACUUCGUGGACACUUAUGACAACCUCACCCUGAAGACCAUCAUGGCUUUCCAGUGGUUCUCCGAGUUCUGUUCCAACGCCAGGUUCUUCAUGAAGACCGACGCCGAUGUCUUCAUCAACACUCCCAACCUGGUGAAGUUCCUGCUGCAGCUGAAUUCCUCGGAGAACGUUUUCACCGGGUACCCCCUCAUCGAGAACUUUGCCUACAGAGGAGGCUUCGACAGCAAAAGGUACAUCUCCUACCAGGAAUAUCCCUUCAAGCUGUAUCCUCCCUACUGCAGCGGCCUGGGAUACAUCCUGGAUGGAAAACUGGCUCUGAGGACUUACGAGCUGAUGGGCCACGUCAAGCCUCUGAAAUUCGAGGAUGUUUAUGUGGGAAUCUGCUUAAAUCUACUCAAAGUCAACAUCACUAUUCCAAAAGACGCAGAACAAUUCUUUCUGUAUAAAAUCGACUUUGAUAUCUGCAAGUACAGACAUUUGAUUGCAGUUCAUGGCCUUACAUCGAAUGAACUGAUCCAGUUUUGGCAGGAUUUGUCAUCCAACACUUCCUUUGAUUGUGAAUUUCUUUAGAACCUUCAAUUUGCUGUAAGAGUGGCCUCUAGAGAGGACUCUGCCUGCUGGGGCAGCGUUUCUCCAGGGCAUUGCAGUGCUUUUCAACACAAAUGGGGAUUCACAAAGCGCUUUCCCAGGCGUGUAUCCCACACCCAGAGGCUGCCUCGGAAUGCUCUGUCCCGUCUGCCUCUGCUGCCUUUCCGUGUGCUCGCAGCAGCCUUGGGAUUCCCCCCUGAAUCUUCCGGAAUGUACGAAAUGCCAUCGAGGAAAGAUGUUCCUGCCAAGAAAGCAGCUUGGAGGAUGCUUCCUGCAAUCCUGCCUGGAUUGGUUUUAUUGUUUUAUUGCCACUCUCCUUUAUUUGUUCUCUGCCCAGCGUGGAAUUUAACCCAACCCAGCCUUGUUUUCUGUGUAAGCCUCCUGGGACUGUCACACCUUGUUAUUUAAACGCGUCAUCUCCACAACGCUCCCAGGAGUGUUCCCAGCCUGGGCAUCCCGUGGGAUCUGCAGGAGCUGGUGAGAAAUGCUGGAAAUGUGCUGCACUUUGUGUGUGCAUAUCAAAUGGAAUGACUUUGGUGCCUCCGCGGGUGUUCCCAGACCAGGGGGAUGGAGUGGAGCUCACGAUCAAUCUGGACAUCCCAGAACCACUGGGAUCAUCAAUCCCCCCAGCCCUGUGUGUGUGUGCCACGCAUCCCAGGAGUUUUGGAACCCUGUGGGGAAGAUGAAAAACCAUUUCUGCUGUGAUUUACGCCUGUUUCUAGAUAAGCUUUUUAGUUCCAGUUCGAAAGUGCAAAAAAGGAAGAAAUCCCCCCAUUGCUACCUUCAAGAAGACCAACUCCUCCCCGUGUGUAAAGACCGCUUUUUAAUCACUUUAUUCAUAUCAGCAAGGCCCAGUUUUCAGUAGUUUACACUUCUAAUGGACAACGAUACAGAGUUUGCAAUUGCAUGAACAGAAUUAACCUGGACACAUCCACUACACGGGGGAGGGACUGCGGAGACGUCCUGGCCACGCUCCCAGGGCUUCCCCCUGGGCUGGCACCACCCCAAGCCCUGGCAGAGCCCAGGGCUGCCCAGAGCUGCAGCAGCAGGGCUCAGGGGUCACCAGGGCCUCCAGCACCCAGCAGGCACUGCUGCCCUGGGCUCUGCUCCACAGCUGCACCUGGGGCUGGGGUG